CGUGUCAUUUACAACCCACCUAAUUAUGUCACGCUGAAUCCGUGGUCAGAAAGGAAAGAAGCAUGGCCGCUGUUUUAAGGGGGUCUCGGAACCUAUUGGGAAGGAGCCUCAAACAUGUUGACUUUACUUUGGUCUCCAGCAGGUCCAUGGCCUCUAAGACCCAGGUGGGUUUCAUUGGCCUGGGGAACAUGGGAAAACCCAUGGCCAAGAACCUGCUGAAGCACGGAUACCCCGUCAUCGCCACUGACGUCUUCCCUGAGUCCUGCAAAGAACUGCAAGAGUUGGGUGCCCAGAUUGUGGAUAACCCUGCGGAGGUGGCAGACCAGGCAGACCGCAUCGUCACCAUGCUGCCCUCCAGUCCCAACGUCAUCGAGGUUUACACUGGGCCCAACGGUAUCCUCAAGAAGGUGAAGAAAGGCUCGCUACUCAUCGACUCCAGCACCAUCGACCCAGCCGUUUCCAAGGAGAUGGCCGUGGCCACGGAGAAGAUGGGGGCAGUUUUUAUGGACGCGCCUGUGUCAGGAGGUGUGGGGGCUGCCAGCUCGGGGAAGCUGACCUUCAUGGUGGGGGGAGUAGAGGAGGAGUAUACUGCGGCCCAGGAGCUGCUCACCUGUAUGGGAGCCAACGUGGUGUACUGUGGAGCCGUUGGCACUGGACAGGCAGCCAAAAUCUGCAACAAUAUGCUGCUGGCGAUAGGCAUGAUCGGGACCUCUGAGACCAUGAACCUUGGCAUCAGACUAGGUCUGGACCCUAAGCUACUGGCUAAGAUCCUGAACAUGAGUUCAGGCCGCUGCUGGUCCAGUGACACCUACAACCCUGUACCUGGUGUCAUGGAGGGAGUCCCCUCUGGAAACGGCUACCAGGGAGGUUUCGGGACCCAACUCAUGGCCAAGGUUUUAACGGUGCUGUGUACAACAAGCGGUGAUGGCAGAGAGCUAAUGAGUGUUGCUCCUCUUCAGGACCUGGGGCUAGCCCAGACUACAGCCACCAACACCAAGACCCCUGUCCCUCUGGGCUCCCUGGCCCACCAGAUAUACCGCAUGAUGUGUGCUCGGGGCUACGCCGGCAAAGACUUCUCCUCUGUCUUCCAGUUCCUGCGGGAGGAUGAGGAGGAGGGCCAAUAGGGGCGGGGGAACAGUCCCCCCCCCCAUCCAUAGCUUUACCAGGGUCUAUUCCAUACAAGACUACUACCAUGUAGUUGGGGUGUGUCGGUUUGCCCCCCCCUCUCCCCAGGGCUUGUCAAGACGUGUGUAUUUGGUCAAAGCCAAGAGAGCGCAGCCAGCCGUGAUGUGACAGAUCAUCUCAGCAGAGUACUAGACUACACUGUCUGUAAGAUGGGAGUCAUGUUGCAUCUGUGAUCCUGCCUUUUGUUAAAGUAGCUUUCUUUUAAUGUUUUAGAUGGCUAGGCUAGAAGACAGUGGAUGUUUUGAGGUGUGGGGAGGCUCUCAAGUCACUGUCACUCAGUAGGCUGACUAACCACUACAGCUAUCACCAUGACGAUAUCGGUGCUACCUUAGCACACGUCGUCAUGGAAAGCAGACCCAGGCGUUGUCAAGGAAAUGACCCGCGUUAUACUUAACGACCACACUCGUCAACAAUAGACCACUGAGACUUCAGAUGAUUCUUAGUUCUAGUCGCCACUCACCUCACUGCAACGUCACCUGUGUUGAUCCUGAUCAUUGAUUUGUUUUUGUUUUUCUCUUCCUGUGGUGAGGUUUAUUUACUCUUGACAUGGGGAGGGAUAGAAUGUUCCGGUGUUAUUUGUAUCUGUUUUAAUGUUUAAUAAAAGGUGAGAGAUUAUA